AUGGUUAAAAAAUGGUGGGAAUCUUUUAAGGCGGAAGGUCACCCGGGAUUCAUACUUUUCCAGAAAUUGCAUUUACUAGAGAGAAAAUUGGCGUGGUGGAAGGAGGAGAUCCACAGUAAGCAGGAAGAAGAAACAGGUGCCAUCCUUUCUAAACUCCAAUCCUUACAUAUCAAAGAGGAGGGACAACUUUUGUCUACAGAAGAGUUCGCAAGAAGGGAGAUGCUCACAGUCCAAUAUAAAAGCCGAUUGAGGGAAGUUGAGAUCAAAUGGAAACAUCGUUUAAGGGCUACAUGGCUAAAAGGAGACAAUAACACAAAAUUCUUUCAUGGAAUAGCUAGUGCAAGGACAAGGGUGAGUAAAAUUCAUAGCGUGGUAAUGGACGGUGUUAGAGUGGAAGAAAAAGGCUCAGUGAUAGAGGUCAUUGUUAACUUUUACAAGAAUUUGCUGACCAGUGAAGGUGUUGUAUGUUCGAAGCUAGAUAAUUUGUCUUUCCAAACCACUUCGCCUGAAGAUGCAGUGGUGAUUGAGCGCAAAGUAUCAGAGGAAGCGAUAAAGGGCGUCAUUGAUGAAUUAGGUAGAGAUAAGGAGCCAGGACCGGAUGGAGAUAGUGUUUUUUCAAAUUUUCUGGAAUACGGUUAA